CAUUUCUCUCUCACAUGACCUCAUCAACUUUCUCUCUCUAAAACCUGUAUCCGGUUUUCCUUCCAUCUCUGUCUCUCUGUAGAUUAUCUGUAUCCAUAUUCCAACCUGUAUAAAUUGAUACCGUUUUUGAUGCUCAGAAGUUCAUAUCCGAUGUCUGUUGCUUUCGAGACUAAUAGUGGUGGUGGUGGUGAUAGGAAUCGGAUCCAACCGCCAGGGUUUUCUCACGGAAUGUGGAUCUAUAACUUGUCGGAAUCCGGUAGAUUCACUGGAGGUAGUCCUUGGAGCAGCACUCUACCAGUUGUUAAAGAGGAGGAUUCCAGCAGUUCGUCGUCUAUAGGGAAGAACAGUGAUGCGUUAAGCGGCGGAGGUGAUUCAGAUGAAGACGACGGCGAAGUUCAGAGCAAGGAUAAUGGAUCGCUAAACGGCUUAAAUUCUUUGGAGGAAGUUUUGCCGAUCAGGAGGGGGAUAUCAACGUUCUAUGCCGGUAAAUCAAAGUCAUAUGGAAGCCUAGCUGAUGCUUCCUCUGUUCCAUCGAUCCAAGACAUUGUUAAGCCAGAGGAUGCUUACAGCCGAAAACGCAAGAACAUGCUUGCUCAUAAUGCUUUAUUGGACAAGCAUCGUAAAUCCACGACCGAGAAUGGGAUUUCAAAGAGGCUUGCCAACUCUAGCAGCAGUUGCUUGGAUAUAGGGUUAAACAUUAACGGCCACGAUAACAAGGAAACUGGAGAAAGCUCUGACUCAAACUCAUCUCAUUCGGGGUUUUCUCUUCCACCGUUGCCCAGUAGACAACUACCGACUGAUGAAUCAUCAGAUUCAUCUCGUAGACUAUACUGUUCCCCAUGGAGAUCUUUGUCUCUCUCAGAUUUGCAACAUGUUUCUGCUGUAACUUCGAGUAUCACCGGCUUGGUGAGUAACAAAAGAGACAACGAGGAGGAGCAUUAGGUGUAGUUCGUGUUUCUUUGUUGGUUAUAUGAAGAUUAGAAUUGAAAGAUAGUUUUUAUGGUGUUAAGGGUCUCUGUAAACUGUUUUUAUGUUGUUACCAUUUUCUGGUCAUGCCCGUUGUACUUACUUCUUAGACAUGGCAUCUGGGCAUUUCCAGAAACCAUAGGAUGUCAAGCAGUUUGUAGGUCUGCUUUGUAUCCGGUUGUCGUUUAAGUAUGAUUAAGGAAAUGCUCUCCUUUUCUUGCU